GUCACUGGAGGGGAGGAGUGUGUGAUGUAAUUCUGUAUAGGCCGAAAGGGAGGGGAAGGAGAGAGGGAGAGAAAAAGGAAGCAGUUCGAUAGGAUUUUGUGUUUAUUUUUCCAAAGUUAUUCAAACAUUUUCAAAACUAUGGCAUGAAUGGGAUAUCUUAGAGCGAAGGAGAGGUUUUAAGAAGCAGGCCAAACACGGCCGUGUGUACUGGUGUGCACAACUAAUGACAACAUCAAAUAUUAAUACUUUUCAGGCCUGUAGCCUCGACUGACAACUGAGAGAUCCUUGGCUGAACCCAUAUACAAUGUCAUCAGAAUUGGACUCUAGUCUCACCAGCAUAGACUGGUUGCCCCAACUGGGAAUCAGUAGCCUGCGCUCGGGGAAGGAGAGAGGAGGAGGAGUUGGUGAAGUGAAGAAGAGAGAGAAAGGGCGGGAGGGGAGAGACUUCAUACCUCCUGUACCCGAUCCUACUCACUCAAACUCCAAAGGGAAACCUCCACAUAGUUAUGCCACACUUAUUGCCAUGGCGAUUGCCGCAGCCCCCGAGAGGAAGCUGAGUCUGAACGACAUCUACACCUGGAUCAGUGACACUUUUCCAUAUUACAACCGAGCAGGACGUGGAUGGAAAAACUCCAUCCGCCAUAAUCUGUCUCUUAACAAAUGCUUCAGGAAAGUUCCUCGGCCACAGAACGACCCUGGAAAGGGCUCGUACUGGACCAUGGAUGGACCAGCAGAGAUGUCACAGAUGAGAGCUCCUAAACGACCUUAUCCUGCAGCAGAAGAAGAGGAGACUGCAGAUAACCAAUCGGACCAUGGACUGUCCCCAAGUCCUCAUCAAACCUCAUACAUGGACCACCACCUUCCCAACACUCCACUGAGCGCAAUUCAGCAACAGUCUCCCCGAUCGGACACUCUGUCUCCUCCUCCAUGCAAGCAACCAUCGCCCUACAUGAGCAGUUCUAUUUCAAACGUCACUGUCUCACAUCCAUCCGUCUCUACUGUGUCCAGUUUUUCUCAGAUCCACCUUUCUUCUCCUGUAACUUCUUUUUCCCCUUCUCAUCAAACUGCCCCAAACUUCUCCAUGACUCCUCUUCAAAACUGUACUGUGGCUCCUGCUCUUUCUACCAUCUCUUUUUCUGAACAUUCAGUCCCUGUUUCCAUCCCCUCUUUCUCUCAGACUGCACCCACCCACCCCGCUGCAUCUGUGGCACCCCCUGUGGUGGUGUCUUCAGCUGCGGGGGGUUCAUCUACAGUCAGUUUGAACCCCACUGAUGUUCCAUUGCGUUUUACCUUCGAUGAGUUGAACCUCCCGGACUUAUACGCAUCUUUCAAAUCGUUGGUCAAGACGAUGAGAGACAGGGGGGGCUCACAAUCAGAUUUUGUGCCCCCGGGCAAUGAUACGACUCCGCUCCACACUCCGACCCUGCCCCUGUCUCCUCACCCUGUCCCACUGCAGACUGCUCCCACAGGGACCCGGGGCCCUGCGCAAACAGCGCCACCUUCUGAGGGCCGCACACAGUGUACAGCAGUGCCCGCAGACUGGUUUAGUAACACUGAUUCUCUGAAGGAGAGUUUUCGUAUUGCCAGCAGCCUGGACUGGGCCAACAUAGACCUCACCGGUCAUCCAGACUUGCUGGAGAGUAUGCGGCAGGCGGAGCUUUGUGAUUGGGCGCUGGACCCCACUCUCUUCACUUCUCUUUGUGACUCUUUAAACCGCUUCUUCACUCAAAAAGGAAUGAUCAACAGUGGGAGUAACUCUCCUCUGGCGCUGGGUUCAAAUGCCUCUCAAGGGCCAACAUUUCCCACUCAUCCAACCCCCACCUUAGCCAGUCUCACCCACCCCUCUCCCCUCCCCUUCUCCCCUAUGGCCCCCAACGGAGCUCAGCCACCCAGGAAGCCCGUGCACCUGCAGCCUCAGCAGAGACCCCAGUUCAUAACUCCUGCAAACACAAAUCCUGGAGUCCAGCCUCAGCCUGUCGGCCCAAGGCCGCGGCCGCCUCUGAAGGGUCUCCAUAGCAACAGUGAGGAGAUCCAGGAUGACUUUGACUGGGACUCACUGAUUCUUUGACCCUCUGACCCUGUACUGCCUUUCUGUUCUUGCUCCUCAGCUUCUGAGUUCAUGCUUGGGGUGGAUGUUCUCAACUGAAGCUGCAUUUCACGCUACUGCUGUAGCUACACUUCUUUUUUAAAGUAAUUUUAAAGUUACUUCUUUAGCAAAUUUGCUUUUGGAAUUUGAGUUUGAAUUUUUCAUGUAAAGUUUUAAUGUACACCAACAUUACAAAGUACAAAAGCAUUAAACCAGUCAAACAUA